UUGACAACGAACGCUCGACCGAACGUAGCUCAUAGACGCUUUGUUCUAGACGCCGCGCAAGAGUGCUGCUCUUCUGCUGCCUCAGUCUGGAGUAUAUUAUUGUUUGCUCAAUUAUAUGAGCAUACACUAAAAUAUUUUAAAAAUAAAAGGGAUUAGUCGAACUUAAACUGAAGAAGAAAGAAUUUAAGCGUGCUUUGAUUUAGUGUCACUCCGAGGCGCCAUGUCCAGACUGACUCAGCUGUGCCUAAUCCUGGCGACUGCAAGCCACUCCGUCAUCUAUGGAUCUUACCUGAACAACGUCCCUUCGCCUGGCUUCUCACCUACUGGUGGCAACCGCGGCGGUGGAAGUGGUGGUAGCAGAGUAGGUGGUGGUGGUGGUGGAGGCAGUCGUGCGCCCGGUGGCGGAGCAGGUGGAUUCGGUGGAGCUCCUGGCGGAGGCAUCGGCGGCGGCUACAGCGACGGAGGCGUUGGUGGAACCGGAGGUGGAAGCAGUGGACAAGGAGGUUUCGGCGGAAGCGGCGGUGUUGGAGGUUCAGGAGGCUUUGGGGGGACGAGUGGAGGUUUCGGAGGGGGUCCAGGGGGCUUCGGAGGAGGAGGUUUUGGCGGUGACGACCUCGGAGGAGGAACUGGGGAUCUGUCCACCGCAAUUGGCGGGGGUGGCGUCCCAGGGGAGGACUAUCCGAUUCUGUCCUUUAUUCCCGACACGGGAUUCUCGUGCGACGGACGCACCCCGGGCUACUACGCUGACACCGCGAGCCCCGCUCUCUGCCAGGUGUUCUACAUCUGCCAGUUUGACGGUCGCCAGGACGGUUUCUUAUGCCCCAACGGAACAAUCUUCAACCAGCAGUACUUCGUGUGCGACUGGUGGUACAACUUCGACUGCAGCAGCGCCGAGCAGUUCUACGACCUCAACUCGAAUAUCGGGAUCGUGCCCGAAGGAUCUGGCUUCGGUUCCCGCCUCCCCAGCGGUGGGGGAGCCGGUGGCUCAGGAGGAGCUGGAAGUGGAUUUGGUGGUGGGCCCGGAAGUGCUGGCGGAUUCGGCGGUGGGCCCGGAGGCGCAAGUGGGUUCGGAGGAACUGGUGGAGUCGGCGGAAGCUAUGACAAUGCGGGAAGACCAGGAGGCGCUGGAGGAAGCUUUGGAGGUUCCGGAGGAGGUGCACCUGGAAGCGGUGGAAUUGGUGGCACAGGGGGAGGUGGUUUUGGAGGAUCCGGCGCUGGUGGACUCGGAGCUCCUCAGCAGCCUAGUCAACUCUACUCCACUCCUGGAGUCGGUGGCGGCAGUGGAGGACGCGGCCCUGGAGGUGGAGCGAGUGGAAGUCGCCCAGGUGCAUCUGGUGGAGCAGGUGGACGUCGUCCAAGCCCCUCCGCAGGAGCAGGAACAGGAGGCGGAGUUCGGCCAGGUGGUGGAGCGCAAGGUGGAAGAGGUACCAGCGUGCAAGCUCCAUCAUCCCUGUACGGGACUCCUAACUUUUAAUCUUCCCAUUCCUUUUGUACACUCAAAGCAAGUAGAUAUUGACGAUAUUUACCACACGC